AUGGUAGCCACCAAAAUCGGUUGGUCGCCCAGCUUCCGCAAGCUGUCUAUCACUAGAGUCAUUGUGCUUCUCGCGAAAGACUCCCCCAAUGGCCUGCGCAGAAACCAACCUCCUCAAGUGAAGCUAUGCGGCACCGACCCCACGCAAUUUGCCCUCGACAUGCGCUGGUACGCAGAGUGGCUCUCUCAACAACGGGAAAAAAUACCUUCCUAUCUUUUGUACCUUCGAGUCGGGCAAUACAAGCUUCAAGAGAAGCAGCAAAGCUUGCGCGUCCUUUUUGAGGCGAUUGACGACUACACAUGCGGGAUCGAGGGGGCCUCUAUUGACGAGAUUACUGUACAUCUACGAGACACAGGAGUAUUUGAUUCUGCAGAAGAUCAAGAACACCAUCAGACGCUUCUUGUAUUCGCAGCUCUUGGUUGGGCUUCAAUGCUGUAUCAGGCCGAUUUUGACCUCCACUUGGCAGACGAAUUAAUCAUCAACUGCGACUCCGACCAGCCUCACUCAGGUAUUGUGUUCGAUACGUUUAAGGUCCCAAUUGAGCUUUCUGACCGGCCGUUGUCUGUCCUGCUCAAAGCUUUUGGGCAACUUUUACCUGCUCCAUCCUCGAAUUCUCCUUAUUUCGCGAGUAAGACGAGCAGCAUGGUAUCGGUCUGGCAGCCCUUGCAUCCGGACGAGACAAAUGCGUACCUGCUCCAUGUCUUGCUUCGUGUUCAUAUACGAUGGGUGGAUGUCCUGGCCUUACACCUCGACUAUGACAAAUCCACCAGGACGUUGACGCUCUUUCGGUACCCAUCGUUCUGUGCUGCGAUGCUUCGUGGACGCGGUUCGAUAUAUGCAUUCUCUAGCAUCGAAAAUGCCUCUGCAGAUCCGCGCGCCAAAGAAGAAGAUAUUGAGCAAUUUCUACGAGAGCCACCCAAUUGA